AUGGCGAUUAGAAACCGGACCAAGCUAACACAAACGACAAUGAUAAAGCAAAUCUUGAAGAGGUGCUCAAGUUUGGGGAAGAAACAGAGCAGUGAAUAUAACGACGAACACGAACAGGAUGGAGAAUGUCUUCCUCUGGAUGUGCCCAAAGGUCAUUUCGUGGUCUACAUAGGGGAGAAUCGGGUCAGGUACGUUAUUCCCAUUUUAUUUUUGACCCGACCCGAGUUUCAGCUUCUUCUACAACAAGCUGAGGAAGAGUUUGGGUUCGAUCACGACAUGGGUCUCACUAUUCCUUGUGAGGAAGUAGCUUUUAAAUCUCUCGUCACUUCCAUGUUCAGAUCAACAUAUAUUUAG